AUGUCACAGGGAGCCUCCGAUGGAAGAGGUUUGGAUCGAUUGCUACCGCAAGCUGUGGGUGAGAUGCAUCUCACCUCGGUUCCUGGAGGAGAUCAUCUGCUACCUGUGGAGGCUGGGCCUCCUGACAGCAGAGGAGGCUGGCUGAGCACAGGAGGCAAGCUCCCUGCAGGAGGUGAACCUAUGGUGCAGAAGCACCUGGAGAGCCUCCAAAGCUCCUGUGGGAAAGGCCUGGAGACUGCUCGUCUGCAGCGCCUCACCAACCUGCUGCUGGUGGAAGGCUUGACUGAUAUCCAGCAGAAGGAGCAUGACAUCCUGCAGCUUGAGGCCACCAAAGGCCUGCAAAACAUAUCUAACAGCAUCCCUCUGGAGAAGCUCUUCCUGCCUCUCUCCAAGGUCAGCAUCCCACCUCGCAUCUUGGUCACCAUCGGGGUGUCCGGGAUUGGCAAAAGCACGCUGGUGAAGUUCUUUGUCUACACCUGGGCAAAGGGGGAGAUCAACAAGGACAUCACCUUCGUGCUGCCCCUCACCUUCAGGGAGCUGAACACCCACGAGAAGCUCUCUGCUGAGCGACUCAUCUGCUUGGCCCUCCCCCACAUCACUGAGCCCAGCUGCAUCUUGGCAGGGGCUGCCAGGACCCUGCUGAUCCUUGAUGGCCUGGAUGAGUUCAAGACCCCUUUGGAUUUUUCCAAUGCUGUGGUAUGCACCGACCCCAAAAGGGAGAUGCAAGUAGAGAGCCUGAUCACCAACAUCAUCCGUGGCAACCUGCUGCAGGAGGCCUCCGUCUGGGUGACGUCGCGGCCGGCAGCGGCCGGCCAGAUCCCCGCCGGGCUUGUGGACCGAAUGACAGAGAUACGAGGCCUUGGAGCUGCUGAGAUGAAGGACUUCUUGGACCAGAUGUUCCUUGAUAACAGAGAUCUCUCCAACCAAGUCCUCCACCACAUCAGGGCCAACAGGUCCUUGCAUGCCAUGUGCACCGUCCCUGGCAUUUGCUGCAUUUCUGGUUCCUCAAUCGCUUAUUACCUAAAAACCAGCGCCCACCACUCCCAGGAGACCACCACCAGCCCCAGGACCCUCUCAGAAGUCUACUCCUAUUACUUUAAAAUGGCCUUGAGCAGUGACUGGCCUGAGAAGCCUCGAGAAUCGCUUAGGAUUGAGCAGGUGGUGGCCAACAGCAAGAAGGUGGUGGGCAGCCUGGGCCGGCUGGCCUUCUACGGGCUGCUCAGGAGGAAGCACGUCUUCUACGAGCAGGACAUGAAGGUCUACGGUGUUGACUUGUCCGUGCUGCAGAGCAGCCUGUGCAGUAGACUUCUGCUCAAGGAGGAGGUGCAGCCCUUCACAGCCUACUACUUCUCCCACUUAACCGUGCAGGAGUUCCUAGCAGCCCUUUAUUACUACACGGCUGCCAAGCGGGCGCUGUUCGACCUCUUCACGGAGAGCGGCGUGUCCUGGCCCAAGCUGGGCUUCCUCAGCCACUUCAGGAGCGCUGUUCAGAGGUCUCUGCAGGCAGAGGACAGGCAGCUAGACAUCUUUGUGCGCUUUCUCUGCGGGCUCCUCUCCCCACAGGUGAACAAGCUGCUUUCUGGGUGGCUGGUGGUGAAGGAUGAGCACAACAGCUUCAGGAGCCAAGCCAUCAGCCUCCUGCAGGACUGCCUGAACACCAACUACGUCAUCUCCUCCCGGGUGGUGAACACCAUGCACUGCCUCUCCGAAAUCCAGCACACGGAGGUCGCCAAGGCUGUGGAGGAAGCCAUGAAGAACGAGAGCUUGGCUGGGAUGCUCACCCCCGUGAACUGCUCUGCCCUGGCUUAUCUGCUGCAGGUCUCUGAGGUCUGUGUCAAGGAGACCAACCUCUCCAACUGCCUCACCUACAACAUCUGUAAAAGCCUGCUCUCCCAGCUCCUCUUCUGCCACAACCUCAGGCUGGACAAUAACCAGUUUAAGGACAAUGCAAUGGAGCUGCUGGGCAGCGUGCUGAGUGCAAAGGAUUGCCAGAUCCAGAAGCUCAGCUUGGCAGAGAAUCAGAUCAACAACAAAGGAGCUAAAGCCUUGGCCAGGUCACUGAUGGUGAACAGGAGCCUUAUGGCGCUGGACCUGAGGAGCAACUCCAUCGGCCCCACCGGUGCCAAAGCCCUGGCUGAUGCACUGAAGAAGAACCAAGUCCUGCUCUCCCUAAACCUGCAGCACAAUGCCAUCAAGGAGGAUGGUGCCAGCUUCCUGGCCGAGGCCCUGCUGAGCAAUCACAGGCUGGUGACCCUGCACCUGCAGAAGAAUGCCAUCGGUGCCCAUGGUGCCAGGAAGGUGGCCGAGGCGCUGAAGCAGAACCGCAGCCUGAAGGAGCUGAUACUCUCCAGCAAUAUGGUGGGAGACAAUGGCUCAGUUGCCUUGGCUGAAGCUCUGAAGGUGAACCACACUCUGCAAAGCCUUGAUCUGCAGAGCAACUCCAUCAGCAGCUCCGGGGUCACUGCCCUGACAGCAGCUCUCUGCUCCAACAAGGGACUCACCAGCCUCAACCUGCGGGAGAACUCCAUCAGCAAGGAGGGAGGCCCUGCCAUCGCCCGCGCCCUGCGGACCAACAGCACCCUCAGGAAGCUGGACUUGGCAGCAAACCUGCUGUGUGAUGAGGGCGGCAAGGCCAUCGCUCUGGCCAUGGCAGAGAACCAGGCACUCACCUCCCUCCAUUUGCAGUGGAACUUCAUCCAGGCCAGCACUGCCACAGCCCUGGCACAAGCACUACAGUCAAAUGGCAGCCUGGCCAGCCUCGACUUGCAGGAGAACGCCAUCGGAGACCAGGGCACGGCCGCCCUCGCCGCCGCGCUGGAGGUCAACACCAGCCUGGCGCAGCUCCACCUGCAGGUGGCUUCCAUUGGUGCAGCUGGUGCCCAAGCCCUGGCAGAAGCCUUAAUGGUCAACAAGAGCCUGCAGAUCCUGGACUUGAGAGGCAACUCGGUCGGCGUGGCAGGGGCCAAGGCCUUGGCCAACGCGCUGAAGGCCAACCGCAGCCUCCGGCGCCUCAACUUGCAGGAGAACUCUCUGGGCAUGGAUGGAGCCAUCUGCAUCGCCACCGCGCUGAGGGGCAACCACAGCCUCACCUACAUGAACCUGCAGGGGAACCGCAUCGGGCAGUCUGGAGCCAAGAUGAUCUCAGAUGCCAUCCGAACCAACGCCCCCGACUGCGUGGUGGACAUCUGA